GGGUCUGUUCGUUCGUGUGUGUGUGUGUGUGUGCCUGUGUCUGUGUUGCUGUUUAAGACGCGGUCACAUCGCUAUCAUCACACUAGACCGAUACCCCAGAUGUCGCUCUCACACUCGCUCGCUGUGUCCUCCUGUAUCCAGAGACGCGGCUCCAUCUCGGUUGUAGGGGAACAUGGAGAAUUAGGAGACGGAGAAGACGACUCGACUGUUGCCAUGGCACUGAUGACGAGCCGUUGUCGCACCGUGGAUCUUGUGAACUCGAGUACGGGGAACAGGAACGGCGAGGAGCCCGCUGGAAUCAGCAUGCCAGCUCCCGGCUCUGCCGGCUCCCCGAGCCUCUGCAAACUGCGCGACAGGACCCUUCUUUCUGAGGACAAGCGCAGGCUGUGCGGCUGGGCGCUCGGCACUGCCCUCUCUGGGACUCUUCUCAUGAUUCUGCAAACUGAACUUUGCUGGUUCGUCUGGGGCAAGGAUUCGAUGAUUGUCUUCAUUAUCAGUUUGCUGAUCAGCCUUUCUACUGUGUGUCUGCUGGGCCUGCUGGGGUUGUUCCACUACAAAGACUUCCAGAUGUUCAUGAUCGAUCAUUCCGUGGAGGACUGGCGCGUCGCCCUUACUGCGCGUCGCAUCUUCUCCAUCUCCCUUGAGCUAGUAGUGUGUGCCCUGCAUCCCGUCCCAUUGGCCUGGGUCCAGGGGAGUGGAGAGGAGGGAUCGAGGCGCGGUGGCUGGAACUCCACGCUCACCCCCUCUCCCGCCUGCUCCCUGCCGGUCUGGGAGCUGCUGCUCUGCUCUGUGAUGUUCCUGCGGCUGUACCUGGUGCCCCGCUCCCUGCUGCUUUACAGCAAGAUCCACCAGAGCGCCUCUUACAGGAGCAUCGGCUCCCUCAACAACAUCAACUUCCGCUUCCACUUCGUGCUCAAGCUGCUGAUGAACACCCACCCUGGCUACACACCGCUUGCCUUCAUCGUCUGCCUCUUGCUCACCGCCUCCUGGCUCCUCACUCUCUGUGAGAGGCAGAGUGAAGGCGCCGUGGGCAGCAUGGGUGACACGCUGUGGCUCGUCACCAUUACCUUCCUGACUAUCGGAUAUGGAGACAUCACCCCCAAGACCAGCUGUGGGAAGACAGUGUGCCUGCUCACCGGAGUCAUGGGAGUGGGAUGCACUGCUAUCCUGGUUGCUGUCGUCACAAAUAAACUGGCGCUCAACAAGGCUGAGAAACAAGUUCACCAGUUCAUGAUGGACACAAAGUACACCAAGAAGAUCCGAAAUGCGGCGGCAAAUGUUCUGAGGGAGUGCUGGCUGCUUCACCGGAGCCACCGCGGAGAAAACAGGAGACAACAGAGACGAAUGCUGGAGGCCAUCCGAGUAUUUCGGAAUGCUAGGCUCAAGCAGAGGGAGAAGAGAGAGCAUGGCAUUAAAAUGGCGGACCUCUUCAAGCACUUACAGAGGAUGAUGCAUGAUCUCAAUGAGAACUGGAGCAACUCGUACAAGCAGCUGGAGGAGAGGAUCGACUCCAUGGAGCUGAAGAUGGAUGAGCUGAGAAUAGCCUUCCAGAACACAUCGCAGCUCAUCUCCAGAGCCGAGGACAACAGCCUCGCGGAGAGACCAGGCCACCCGUCUCAGCCCUCCAAACAACAGGGGUCAGACUACAGCUUCUGAACAGCCACGGGACUCUGUGAUAAGGAAACUCAGGAAAGCCACGCCCCUCUAACAAGCAAAUCUAAUGAUUUUUUAAAUCUUUUUUUUUUCUUCUAAGAACAAUUAGCAGUUGAUCUGGGGUCCAUUUCCACGUUAUGACCAGGUCGUCUGGUCUGGUGUUUUCACGUUAUGACCAGGUCGUCUGGUCUGGUUUUUUCACGUUAUGACCAGGUCGUCGGGUCGGGUGUUUCCACGUUAUGACCAGGUCUUCGGGUCGGGUGUUUUCAUGCUAUGACCAGGUCGUCAGGUUAUCUGGUUGGGUGUUUUCACGCUCUGACCAGGCCGUCUGGUCGGGUGUUUUCACAGUCAGGUCACUGGAUCUAGCGGUCACUGGUCCACUGAACCAGUGAACCGGGUUUGUGGCACGAUUCAUGUUUGUAACUAAACCACGUGGAACAACGUCAUACGCACCUAUCCGUGCACUAAGUUCAGCCGAGUCUGGCCUUCUAGUUAUUCCAAAGACUAAGACAAAGGGCAAUAGCUUUUAGCUACAAUGCACCAAGACUGGGGAAUAAAUAGAUUGCCAUCUGAUAUCAGGGAAGCUCGAGCCCCUUGAUUUUUUUUUAAGUCAAGGAUAUUUUUUAGAUUAGCUUUUGAAUCCUGAUUUUAUGUAUCAGUCUAUUAAUACUGUCAUUUUACUUCUUUCUUUUUAUCGAUGUUGUAUGUUUUUCUUUCACUAUAUUUCUGUUCUUGUUCCUUAGUAACUGCUAUCUUACUCCCAUCAAUCUUACAUUUUUUUUCUGUACUCUAUAUUUUAGUGUGUUGUUGAUUUUACUGUCUUGUAAACGCUUGGGGACACUGUGUGAAAGGCACUAUAUAAGUAAAUAAACUUUAACCAGAGGUUUUGUGGGAUUGAGGUUUCCUGUGAAGAUGGCGACCCAAGUUUUACAUCUUGUUUCUGUAACAUUUUCUGAAAAAGAUGGACAACAAACAAGUCCCGUGUUGAUUUACUCACAGAAAUAAGCACUUUUCAUUUGCAGUUUAGUGCAGAUACAAGACUGUAACAGUUAUAGUUACAAAAGACUGCGGGAGAUGAUUGUGUAAAUGUGUUUAAUAUUUUAGUGUAAGAUGGUUUGUGUAGAUUAACAAUCACGUAUAAUAAUGGGGCUGAUAUAUAUAUAUAUAUAUAUAUAUAUAUAU